CCUUAAAGGGGCCGCGGCACCUUUUUCUGGCACAACUCUCUCUAGUGUUCAGUGGCUACAGGUGGCUCCGUAUCCUGAGGGGAGCCGCUGGCGGUGAGAGCGGACGCAAAAUUUUCAGAAUUUUGUGACCAUUUGUCCUAUACCCACUGGAGAUGAAUGCAGAUGCAUUGCUGACAAGACAUGUUGGCAAGAAAUGGCAGCAUCUUAUUAGCAGAGCCAGGCUUUCAUAAAAUCAUAGUGUUGAAAGAAACCAACUGUAUUUUACCAUGCAAGAAUACACAACAGAUGGGCAUCCAGCCGCUGCUUAAAAACUUCCAAAGAAGGAGACUCCAGCAUACAGAACUUUUUAUUUGCAGAACUUUCUAGUUAUAAUACCUAACCAGGGUAUCAGUGGGUGCUUAUGCUUGAGAUGCUGGAGAGUAACUGCCAGUUAAAUAAUACUGGAUCAGAUAUAUCCUUGGUCUGACUUCGCAUGGAGCAUCUUAUGUUCUUAGGAAGAAAAGGCUGUGUGUGCACAUAGAUCGGCCUCUUUACUGAUCUCACAAGAGCUUGAUUUUUGGCUUAGGACCCCUAAACAUUCAGCUUAUUAGCUGAUGUGCCAUUUAGACUCUUAUUUAAACGACUUAAGGUAUACAGUGGCAUGAGGAUUAAGACCAAACAUAAGCCAAUUCCUGUGUUUUGCUAUCAGGAUGACAGUUCCAGAGGUCAGAAAUUGAAAAAGUCAAUUUCUCUGUUGUCUCAGUGCUACAAAAAUGAUGCUAUGUAGCUGGUACAUUCCUAGAAUGUGACUGACAGAUUCAUGGAUUUGCAUUAAAAGCAGCAGCAUCACUCGGAAACAAUGUUCCAGCUUUCCAGUAUGGCAAAGGCCCUUGGGGCUGAAGAAUGAGCUUGUCCUGCAUUCGGCUCAGUAAGAUCUGUUUCCUGCUCUCUGUUAUUGUCUGUGCAGUUCUCCUCUUGCUAAUUCCCAGAUUUCAGGCCAGUUGGAGAUCCAGAAGUUAUCCACAGCCACGCCCACCACUUCUUUUGAAUGUUUCCAACAAGAAUGAGGUUCCACUUCAAGUGGAAUCCAGCUCAACUGAUCAUUUGGAUGAUGAGACUAAUAAUAUGGUGCCCCUGAUGAAAGAGGACCCCAUAAAACAGUGGAGUAAUUAUAUCAUAGAUACUAGGAGAUCCAAACUGAAAGCUAAUGAUAAGAUGAAUGGAAGUCCAAUUAAUCAAUUCAAUAGCCUGAUGGCAGACCACAUAGAGCCAACCAGAGUUACUGCUAAGGAAAAGCUUGAACAGAAGGAUGUCUUCAUUGCUGUGAAAACAACAAGAAAAUAUCACAAAACAAGGCUAAACUUGCUCUUCCAAACCUGGAUUUCUCAGGCCAAGGAAAUGACAUUUAUAUUCACAGACUGGGAAGAUGAUGAACUACGUCUCAGAGCAGGGGACCAUGUCAUCAAUACCAACUGUUCAGCUGUUCAUACCCGACAAGCUCUGUGUUGCAAGAUGUCAGUAGAAUAUGAUAAAUUUCUUGAAUCUGGACGAAAGUGGUUUUGUCAUCUGGAUGACGAUAAUUAUGUGAAUGUGAAGAAUCUCUUGAAUCUACUUUCUGCUUUCUCACACAGCCAAGAUGUGUAUAUAGGGAGACCAAGUCUAGACCAUCCUAUUGAAGCAGCAGACCAUGUCCGGAAUGAUGGCUCAACUACUGCAAAGUUCUGGUUCGCCACAGGAGGUGCAGGAUUCUGCAUUAGCAGAGGCCUUGCCCUCAAGAUGAGUCCCUGGGCUAGUCUGGGAAGUUUCAUUAGCACUGCUGAAAGGAUUCGUCUUCCUGAUGAUUGCACCAUUGGCUAUAUUAUUGAAGGCCUGUUGGAAGUGAAAUUGUUGCACAGCGCUUUGUUCCACUCUCACCUGGAAAACCUGCAGCGGUUGCGGGGUGACACUGUGCUCAAGCAGAUUACUUUGAGUUAUGGUGGUCCUGAGAACAAACGUAAUGUCGUCACUGUGGAUGAAGUUUUCAGUGUUCAGCAAGAUCCAACUCGAUUCAAAUCUGUCCAUUGCCUCCUCUACCCUGACACACUGUGGUGCCCUCCUCUAAUGGUGAAGUGACACCUGCUGUUUCAGAUGUAUCUUCUCUUUGGGCUUUCUUCAAAUGAGCAGCUAAAGCUGUCCUUGUCAGAAAAUAACAAGGAUUAAAGUGAACACAAGUCCAUGGGCACAUCAGCCACUAUUGAAAAUAGUAUUUUGCAAAGUCUUUAGUCUUGAAGGACACUAUAACCCAUUUAGAAAGCUUCUUUCACUCCUUUUUCAAAUGUCAUAGAUGUCAUUUGUAUUAGGUAAAACCUAAUGCAUACUGUAUGGCAUUCGUAAAAACUCAGGAAUUUUCAGUCUGGCAUUGUGGUAAUAUGGUGGAGGGCUAAAUCUUCUUUCUCUCAGUAUGCCAGGAACAAAAUAAGCUUUUGACACUGCCAAAGUGAAGACAAAAGUCCUUUUUUUCAGAAAGUAAUCAUGGUAGGAGACUAUUGAUUCUGCUUCAGCAUCUGGUUUUUUUUAUGAGACUGUAAUUGAAAGAAAUGGACUGUUUCUCUGCUAGUAAAUAUGAGAUGAACCAGUAUCUUCAGAAGACAUACUCACAAAACAUGUGCUCUAGGUUAUGACGGAACUUUUCUUUGUAUGUUGUUGUUGUAUUACUCUUUAAAAGCUGAUUAUGCCUGAAUUUAAUAUCAUCCCUUUCCUAAAAGGUGUAUGUCCACAAACCCUUCAGUUUUAAGUCCCGAACCGAUUUGUCUUGGAUGCUGCAUGUCUUGACCACUAUUUCAAAAUAGCUGAGAUUCAUUCAUGUAUAUGUUGGCUGGACCAUUGUAUAUAUCUUAGUUUUUAUACUCUAUCUGGUCUCCAUGUCCUGCUGCAUCUCAUAAUCAAUAUGCUGAAAUAUAUUGUUGUCUCCCAAAAGGACAGUAAAUUCAAGUCCCUGGUGUAUCUCACAAUCAAUAUGCUGGAAUAGAUGAAGAAAUAAUAUUACUGAACUCUGCAUUCAAGGAGUUAGGGAAACAUGUUAAGAUUUAAGGGCCUUUUACCUCUUCUAACUAAAUCAGCUUUAUAAAAAGUGUUUCUGAGGCCCAAAGUUGAGAGCAUUUCAUGCUAACCUUCCGCCAGAAUAAAGAAUACAGUACACAUAGCCAUCACACAGGACUGCUGUAACCCUCCUUGUAAAUAUAGCAGAUUUCACCAAAAAAGCAGAGGGUUGCAUUUGGGAAUGCGAUAAGGUAGUACUGUGUGUCACAGCCUUGAAGUGACAUGUCCUUGAUAAAUUGACAGACUGUUAGCAAGUGUUUCACACAAUCUGUACCACCUUAGGGAAAUAUUUUCAAAAACAUUAAAUAUUUGUUAGUGAUGAAGUGUACUCUCUUUUUUAGCCUUCUUGCUGAAAAAGUAUCACACCAAUCCCUUCACUAAGAAGAAGUUAUAACUAGAGCACGGCCUUAAAUGUUUGGAGCUUUUGGACAUAGUACAUUGCUAGGGAACAUGAUGACCAGAUGUGCUGGAAUAUUGUAAGCCCCAAGUAACAGCUAUGAUUAUGGUUCCUAAAGUGAUACAAUUCAUUUUGCACCCCAUGAUAGCAGCUGCAUAUACUACAGCAUCUGUCUAUCAAGAGACUUGUAGUUGCUGUAUGCUUUAAUUUCAAAAAUGAUCAGGAAAACAGGGAUAUACAACUCUGGCAUGGCCUACUUUUCAUUCUUGUUUUAUAUCAAAUUUUCAAUCUCAGAAUAUUCCCAUUUUAGAACUCUGAUAACAGAAGAUGCUGGAAAACAUGCAUGUAUUUAUUUCAAGGGGUGGGGGAUGUCUUGCUGUCAGUAGUUAAGUAGCUUUUCUUAUGCAAUUGUUUCUUCUUUUGAAUAUCUGCCACCACCAUCCCAUCCCAUUCAGUUAUGUACCUCUUCCCUAUAUGUACCCCCAGUUUCUUCUUGCUCUUUCUCACCUCUUCUUAUACCAAAAAAACAAAUUAUCAGUAAAAAUAUAAGUUUGGCAAAAUCAUGCCAAUAAAUUUCACACACAAUUUAAUACUUAAUUCUAAAUACAAUAAUCAGGUUCCUUGGCACAUACUAUUGCAGAGUUUUGUCAGUGCAGAGCACUGAUGAAAAAUAAAGUUUUGGACUAUUGGUUUGUGUUAUUUAGAGUGUUUCAGCCUCUGCUGCCAUAGAUGAAUGCUGGAGCAUUCUCAGUUAUGUUACUAUUGCUUUUUCAGAAAUAAAUAUUUGUAGAAGUA